GCUGAAUCCUUCCAGAAUUCAGGAACGCGUGACUCAUCUUCAGGAUGUUGUCUUUCUGCUGAUCUUGACUUCUCUCUUUUAUUCUUUUCAUCCUGAUCAGAAGAGUCUGUUUUUUUCACGGCCAAUUCGUGCCUUCCAUUUCGUCUACCCGUUUGUAUUCCCCGCAAGAUGACUUUAUUACUCUACGGCAUAGGUGAAGUCUUAUAUUGUUUAUUACCUUAUCGCAUGUUACGGCGUCAGUUAUUGCUCUAAGUGCUUUCGUGCGAUCAUAAAACUUUCAAUCUAUUAAAGAUACAUAACAUGGCAUCGGUCUUUACUUAUGACCCAGACCCUCCAAGGGUGUCGUCGCCAUGGUCCACGUCCGGAUCGUCCACUCCCCAGGCCUCAACUGGGAGAGGACUAGCUACUAGGACUCGUUCAAAUACCAAUCUGGACCGCGGCGAUCCCGACUCCCUGGCUGAUUAUGGGAUUACCAAGCUGGAACCAGAGCCUCAGGAAGGUCCCACCGAGUACAAGUUGCAUCUGCUCUUACGUCCUCGUCGAUUUUACACGUCCAUGUCCACUGGUCAUGUUGUCGGUGGCUCGUAUCAUUCCAGAGUGAGUUUGUCGACUUCGAACCCGACGGCUUCGAGCUAUGAAGGGACGACUUCGAAACCGCCUCAGACGAAGUCGAUAGAGAGUCGUCAGCAGCGAUUACAACAGUUGACGACUCAGCUGCUUUGGCGGCUACAGCAGUCGUCGCCAUUUCAUUCGUCUGCCACUGGUAAUCUGGUGUUGCCUGUUCUCCCGGAAACUACGCAGCCUGGAGUUCCUCCAAAGCCGGCUCGCCUACUUCCUGGUCUUGAAGAGAGCCAAGGUGCUCUUUAUGAGAUUGGGGUGGCGGAUGAUGGGACGUUUGUAGGGCUUACGCAGGAUGAGAUUGAGGAGAGUCUGGCUACUUUGCAGAUCAUGGCGGCUAGUUUGGGCUGUAAGGUGGAGGUUCUCCGCAGGGUGGUUGUUGGGAGGUGUGAAUGGGAGGAUGAUUCGGAGGCUAUCAAGGUGCAUGCGGAGGGUCUUUGGGUUGCGGAGGCUCUUGUUAGUCCGGAUUUGGACUUUUAUAAUGUGUCUGCCUCGGCUGAAGAGAUAUGUUGCGAUGCAGAGAAACAAGUUGAGGAGGAUGAUCGCUCAAGGACUGAGCAGAUUCGUGUCUCCAUCACUGGUCCUAGUACGGCUGGAAAGUCAUCACUGCUGGGUACAUUGACAUCAUCUGUGCUUGAUAAUGGACGAGGAACGAGCAGGCUCAGUCUUCUCAAGCACCGCCAUGAGAUAUCGUCCGGGAUCACCAGUUCCGUUGCGCAAGAGCUGAUCGGGUAUGCCGAUACACCAUCUGAAGCAGUCGAUGUUAUCAACUAUGCCUCUGGCAAUGUUGCAGCCUGGGAUGAUAUCCAUGCUGCCUCGAAUGGUGGGCGUCUAGCCUUUGUCUCUGACCUUCCCGGAUCUGUUCGCUACUUGAAAUCUACGCUAAGAGGCCUGGUCAGCUGGGCUCCCCAUUAUGUGAUGCUUUGCAUUCCAGCAAAUUGCGAGGAUGGGUCUACACUCGAAUCCGGUAGUCCUGCAGAGGCUACGGAUAUCAGUUUGGCACUGUCGCAUUUGGAUCUUUGCAUCAAGCUGGAGGUCCCCAUUGUGGUCUUAAUAACCAAGAUGGACCUUGCCUCUCGCGCAGGUUUGAGAAACAAUCUCACCAAAGUUCUGUCAGCGCUGAAACUCGCCGGCAAAAAACCUGCAAUGCUGCCUGUUGGCAAGAGCGUUGAUCUGCAGCAAAUAGAUGAAACGGACACCCGGGAAGUAAAGAAAAUAAUCGAUGGGACUGAUGGGGAUCUAUCUUCGACGGUUCCUAUAGUCCUCACAAGUGCAGUCGAUGGCUCGGGCAUUGGCAAGUUACAUGCCUUUCUUCGGCACCUUCCCGUCCCUGAGAGGCCUCCAAUGAGGAGCAUUAGCUUGCCCAACACUACGCCUUCCCAGCACCUUCCUGCCAAUAUCUUCGAUAUUGAUGAGGUAUUUGCUAUUCCUCCGUCCAAAGUCUAUUCGAUGUCUUCCCAACAAACUCCCGAGGAAAACCAGGGCGUUGUGCUAUGCGGUCUAGUCCGGUAUGGGGCCAUCUCGGUAGGAGAUGAACUGGUCAUUGGUCCUCUUUUGGCCAAUACGCAGACAGAUCACGCCAAUACCAAUACCCAGUUGCGGAGCCGGUCCGAACAGCAUUCGGAUACGCCGAUGCAUGACCGGGCACUCCGAAGCAGAUCAUCGUCUGGAGAGUUCUCCACCUCCUUUACCCAGGGAUUCCUUUCCGGCAAGGCAUCUUUCCCUGCCCAGGCACAGUGGCAACGAGUUCGUGUCGUCAGCGUCAGAUUUCUCAGGCUGUCGGUCCGCAAGCUUACUCAGGACCAAGUGGGUACCAUUGGUAUUGAGCCGGUUCCUUCGCCUCAAGAUGAUCAGCCCCCACGGCUAGGCAGACUUCGAAAGGGCACGGUCCUGGCAAGCUUCUAUCCGUCUCCUUCAAUUCCCAAAACUUUGCUCUUUCACACAGGAUUUGUCGCCACCUUUCCAUCUAGCGAGUUUUCCUCGUCGGCGUCGCCGCCUUUGCUCCUGGGUGGAAAUGCCAUCGUUUACAUUGCCAAUAUUCGCACUACUGUAAAGGCGACCUGUGUGACCCUGGCAGAAAACGAGGUCAUAUCGUCUCCACCAUCGCCUACGGAACCGGAAUUCUUCAGCUUUGAUGGCGACAGCCCGGACAAAGAAAAGGAUAAGAACCUCGAUCAAUCUGGUGCUGAAGUCAACAAGGUGAUAAGUUCUUCUGAUAACCCCGAGCAAGGAGAUAUCAAAAUAGCUUUCUCCUUUGUCACGUCAGUAGAAUGGGUUGAAGUUGGAUCUCGAGUUCUUCUCAUGCCUGGAAUGUCCCUGAGUUCACCAGCUAUUUCUGGCUCUGUAUCACCUUCGGGUCUUGAGGGGUUUGUGGGCAGAGUCUGUGAUGUUCUACAUGAGGAUUCUGGAUUGAAAUGACUUUCCAUUUGUUUCUGUUAAUUAGUCUGAUUUAGCC